AUGGGUUUGCUUCCAACUCCUAAGCAAGUCUACGGUCGGACGCCACGGUAUCUAAAGAACAUCAAUAUGACUAGAACUGAUGGAUCACCAUAUGAAGUUGAACAUGACGUUUGGGAGGCAAUAGCAAAGAUGCAGGAGCAUAUAAAAAAGCAAGACCAGAUUAUUAAAGAUAUGAAUAACAAAGAAGGCCAUGUCAAUAAUGGCAUAGAAGAGGAAAACCUCCAAUCAAAUGAUAAUGGUAUUUCUCGCUCACCACUACUGCUUGGUAAAACAAAGAGAAUCCAGUGCAAUGGACCCGUUGAGGCAUGCUCGUCUAUGCAACAUGACAUUCCUAAGGAUACUAAUUUAUCACGUUCGCAUGAAAAGGUUGGCGACCAUGAUGUCAACCAAUUACAAAUUCUACAAAAUUCAUCAUCACCACAAGACCUUGUUAUUGAUUCUGUGCUAGAGGUGAUGGAAACGAGGAAUAUUACGGGUGAAUCUGUUUCAAGACCAAACCAGCAAAGGACUAGAACUGAACACCCACACCGCUCAAAAAGAAGGCGUUCUUCUUCCAUCAAGGUUGCUUCCAAAGUAGUCUUAAAGACUUCAACAUAUCCCAACAAGCGGAAUGUUGCGUAUGGUACUAUUCGGAGUACUGAUCCAAGAACAAAGGCUGGUGGUAUUGAGUUAGGUGCUGAAUUUGCUCUUGUGCGCAUAGACGAACCUAUUCUUGAUAAUGAGGAGUUGGUAAGGGAAGUUUCUGAUUGCAAGACAAUUGGCGAGGCUUUCACUUCAGGAUACUUAAUUGACUGGCCUUCAGCUUUUGAUUCGAGAGAAGGAUGGUUGAUUUGCAGUUGA